GCAAACGUUAGAUCUUAAAAUCCGUGUAUGGGGUUAGUGAGAGCCGUGCAGUUUUUGGGUUUGAGUGAUUUUGUAACGCAUACCUGGCAACCCUGCUCUCAUGGUUUCCUGUUAUGGCGUGUGCUUGUGUUUCAUUUCAAUUCAAGUUUGUAUUUAGGUAAGAGUAAGUGUGUGAAGGAGAUGUUUUUGGAAAGUCAGAGUCUUCUUUCUCAGCUUAAACCUGUAUAUGAAGCUAGGUGGUUAGGUUAGUUAAGCUAGCAUUGGUGUGAGAAAGUCAGAAUGAGUUCCUUCCCUGGACGGAUGAAGGAAUAUCCAACCAUCUCCAUUGACAGAUUCGACAGAGAGAAUUUACACGCCAGAGCUUUUUUUCUGUCUCACUGUCAUAAAGAUCAUAUGAAAGGAUUGAAAGGACCUUUACUGAAAAGAAAAUUAAAGUUUAGCUUAACUGUAAAGUUGUACUGCUCGUUUGUCACGAAGGAGCUCCUACUCAAUAAUCCAAAAUAUGGCUUCUGGGAAGACCGCAUUGUUGCUCUUGAAUUGGACAGUCCGACACAUAUAUCACUGACUGAUGAAGUUACAGGAGAGGCGGAAGAUGUUGUUGUGACGUUGUUGCCGGCUGGACAUUGCCCUGGAUCAGUCAUGUUUCUCUUUGAGGGGGCCCAGGGCACCGUGCUGUACACUGGGGAUUUCCGAUUGGCUGCUGGAGAUGUAGCGAGGAUGGAACACCUGCACUCUGGAAACAGAGUAAAAGACAUUCAGAGUGUGUAUUUAGACAGCACCUUCUACGACCCCAGGUUCUAUCAGAUCCCUAGCAGGGAGGCUUGUCUGGCUGGUAUCAGGAAGCUGGUUCAAGAUUGGAUUUGUCUGAGUAAAUAUCAUGUAGUUUGGUUGAACUGCAAAGCAGCAUAUGGUUAUGAAUACCUCUUCACCAAUCUGGGGCAGGAAUUUAAUUCACAGGUCCAUGUGAACAGCUUGAAUAUGUACAAACAAAUGCCAGAAAUCCUGGAUCACGUGACCACAAACCGAGCAACACAGAUCCACGCCUGCAGGCACCCCAAGGACGAUGAGUUGUUCAGGGCGAACAGACUGCCAUGUGGCUCUUUAGCUCCAGAUGGUACACCACUGCGCAUUAUCAGCAUCAAACCUUCCACUAUGUGGUUUGGAGAACGGACCAGGAAGACCAACGUCAUCGUCAAGAUGGGGGGAAGCUCCUACAGGGCUUGUUUCUCUUUUCAUUCCUCAUACUCUGAGAUCAAGGAUUUCAUCUCCUACAUCAAUCCCGUUAAUAUCUACCCUAACGUGGUUCCAUUGGGCCGAACCGUGGAGGACGUCACCAAGAUACUGAAUCUUUUGCGUAGAAAUUCAGAAAGGACAGAGGUCGUCUAUAAGCCUCUUGGGAAGCUGAAACGAGCCAGAAUAAAGUCCGCAUCGCAAGGCUCAGACAGUGAUGACGAGCUGUUUGGGGAAGUUGCUGUAACACCAAUGAGAAAGAAGCUUGCUGUGAAUGAGGAGAAAGAGGACCACAGCCCGAAAAAAUCAGAUCUCGAGGUCAUAGAGACACAAAUUCUACCACAGCUACAGGCUUCAGCUCAAACAUCCAACUACAUGGACUGCACAGAGUCAAACGAUGAUGAUGAUGAUGAUGAUGAUGAUGAUGGUGGUGGUGAUGACGUGGAGGAGGAACAUCCUGCAUGUCAGUCAUCUGGGGAUGCCACACCCACUCCAUCUGGCUUAGGUAUGUCCCCACCCCCUCCAAAGCCAGCUCCGCCCAGCUGGAGUACGUUCUUCACAGUAGAGCCGGUUGUGACCGAUGACAGCUGUGAGCUGGAGAACAGUCAGAACAGCCAGACUCUGUCUACUGAUCACACAACGUCGCAGUCCCCCGAGCUCUUCAAUGAUGAUGACGAAUCCGAGUCAGGUCAUGUGACUUCCUCUCAGUCGACGUAUGUAUCGGAGGCAGCUUUAGAGAGCCUCAGCCAACUCGACACGGUGCCUGUACAGUGUAACGCCACGCACACAGGAAACGUUUGUCAUUUGUCGGUUGACACACAACCGGAUUUGACUGACCGUCACCAGGACCAGUGCGAUGUCACAGACCACACAGAACCAGUUUCAGAUUCACAAGUGUCAUCUGAUUUCGAUCUGCCAAUGACUCCGGGCUCCAAGGCUCCUCAGCCAGAGGAACUGAAGGAGCUGUACAGGAAGUUGGCAGCUGGAGAGGACAUGACCACCAAAAAUCAUCAGCAGGGUUCAGUCUAAUCAGACUGUCCUCAGCUGAACUGAUCAUCUUGCCAAAUGAACAAAAAAUAAAUAAAUAAUGUAACCAUGUAUAACAAAACAUGCUUUAAAAGAAAUAAUUAUUGUAUUUUUGAGCUACAAAAAAAAAAGAGUAAUUAUGAGUUCCUGGCUCAUGAGCUGACCAUUCCAAAAUCAAUGAAGAUUUGGUUAUAUUGAAAUACUGUCAUUUAUAAUUAAUAAAUAGAAAGUUUGAAACUAUGAUGAAACUAUGAAGGGAAAAAUGUUCACAACUGCCUUAAAUGUACAAGUACAGCCUAAAUGAAUUGUCUGUAUUGAAAUGUUUUUUUUUUGUUUGUUUUUUUUACAUUCCUUGUUGGAUUUGCUAGUGUGCUUAGGAUCGGUAUCCUGUUGAAAGUUCAACUUCAACUUCUAGACAGAUGGUCUCACAUUAUCUUCAAGCACUCUUUGAUAUGAUGCAGAAUUCAUAGCUGAAUCAAUGAAUGCAAGCUGUCCAGUCCCUGAGGCAGCGACUGUAAUGUUGAUAUUGUAACAGAGGACACAUUCUGCCACAUUAUCACCAUUACAUAUACCUGACAUAAGAAAUCGAGCUCCAACGCGGUAGUUGUGACGUGUCAGAACACAUCGGUCACUUGUCUUGGGUCUUAUAUCAACUUUGAUAGCUAACGCUUGUUGAAAUAAAUCUUCAGAAAUGUUUAUGGCAGUCAUGAAAACCUCAUGUAGCCCUCUAUACACUACCUUUACAUAGCGUUACAAUUUUCUGAACGUCUCGCUGUUCCAAUUGAUCCUUCAACCACGAAAACCUCACUAGAGUAAUCUUGAUUUUAAAAAGUCUUGGUUGUAAACCUUGUUAAUUGCCGUUUCAUGUUCAAAUAAACUCAGUACACAUUGUGUACUAUACCAAAAAAAAACUCUCCCAAAACAUUGUAAUUCUUAAAAGUAGGUCGCACUCGCAAAAAAGGUUAAGAGCCACCGCUGUACCGUUUCUUUCCAUCAGUUGUCAUGUGAAGCCUGCAUGAAUAUCAUUCUAACCUCAUGCUCGAGGACGAAAUGUCAGUAAACCACACAUACGUUACUCCGGCUUUAGAAUAACACACCAACAAUAGAUUUAACUGCAGCUGCCAGACCAACGUAUGUAACGUAGAAAAUGGUAAAGGUGUUUCCUGGUGUGCAUGACUGACUAAAAAAAAGGUUUUGUUGAUCCCAUCUGACCUAAACAACUCUGACUGUGGCUCUAACGACACCAAUGGGUUUCUCUCUGGAACAGUUUAUUGUUGUAAACAGUUUAUUUUGGACAUGGCAUGCUUGCAAUUAUUUUUAAAUGUUUGUGAAGUACAUAACAUUGCCACAUAUGGUUUAGAUAAAAAAUAGAUUUUAAAAUAAAUUUUUGAUGACAAGUGUUUGUUGGGAGGAAGUACAUUUGCCUUUUUUUUUUUUGUUUUUGUUUUUUUUAGUGGAACUGAAUUACACAAUUUUUGUAUCCCGCUUUUAUAAAGGGGUGGCAUUAAUUAUGCACCACACUCCACAUAUCCCACCUUUGCCAUUCCAGUCCCUAAUCAAUAGAGCAU